AUGGAUUCUAAGUAUGCAUCGUAUGGUAAGGAGAAAGAUCAAAGAAAUAAAUUUGAUAUCAAAGCAAAAAAAAUUAAGCUAUCUGUUGAUGGUAAUAGUUUCAAAAAUGUAAAAGAAAACAAUCAGGCUAAUGGAUCAUGUAAUAAUAACACUGUUAGUGCUCUAAAUGAGGUUUCGGAAGAUGUUCAAGACGUAAGGAAAUCUUUACCAGUGUAUAUUGUUCGAAAUAGAAUUUUAGAGGAGAUACGGAAGAAUAAUACCAUGAUAUUAAUUGGAGAAACAGGUAGUGGUAAAACAACACAGAUACCACAAAUUUUACAUGAACAGAGACUUGAGGGUAAUGGAGCAAUUGCCGUUACUCAACCAAGAAGAGUUGCCGCUAUUACCCUUGCUCUAAGAGUUGCAACAGAAAUGAACACAGAAAUAGGAUCAUAUGUCGGGUACUCAGUAAGAUUUGAAGAUGCUACCAGUCCAAAAACAAAAGUAAUAUAUUUGACAGAUGGAAUGCUAUUAAGGGAAGCUAUAAUAGAUCCCUUAUUGAAGAAAUAUUCAAUAAUUAUUUUAGAUGAAGCCCAUGAAAGAACAGUCAAUACAGAUGUACUCUUUGGAAUUGUUAAGUUGGCACAAAAAGAGAGAAAUUGUAAAGGAAACAAACUCAAGGUUAUAAUUAUGUCAGCAACAAUGGAUGUCGAUACAUUCAGAAAUUAUUAUGACAAUUGUUCAGUUGUUUAUUUAGAGGGAAGGACAUAUCCAGUUACAAUAUAUCACUCAAAGACAAAACAAGAUGACUAUCAAUAUUCUGUUGUGUGUGCUAUAUUCCAACUUCAUGUUACUACACCAGCUAAUCACCAUUUUCUCGUAUUCCUCACAGGCCAAGAAGAAAUAGAAACAGUAAUGGCUAAUAUUAAACAAAUUGCGAAGGAGUCGCCAGGUCCACCCAUUAGAGUUUGCCCGUUGUAUGCAGGCCUGCCUCCGGCAAAACAAUUGCUGGUUUGGAAAUCAGUACCUGAAGGUACAAGGAAAAUUGUUCUAGCCACCAACAUAGCAGAGGCCUCAGUGACCAUUCCUCAUAUAAAAUGUGUUAUUGACACAGGCCUUGUAAAAGAACGGAGCUGGUGUAAUGUGACGGGUGCAGAGCGCUUGCGAAUAGUUCCCUGCUCGCAAGCCGCUUGUUGGCAGCGCGCUGGGCGGGCAGGAAGGACUGCCCCAGGCUCCGCGUACAGAUUGUAUACGAAUGGCGACUUUAAGGCACGGCCACAGCAUAACACGCCCGAAAUUAUUAGAUGCCCUCUGGCUGCUACAUUGUUAAUGUUAAUAGCGACAGGAAUGGAGCCCAGUACAUUUCCUUUGAUUGACGCACCCUCUCCGGAUUCCGUGCAGGCUUCAUUAAUUUUAUUGAAAGAAUUAGGAGCAAUAGAAAGCGAGAAUAAUCCGAAGUUGACUGUUCUCGGUAAGAAAAUGACCGCGUUCCCAAUAGAUCCGAAAUAUUCAAAAGUUAUUUUGAGCGCUCCUGAACAUGGGUGUUUGGAUGAGGCGUUGAGUCUCGUUGCGGUAAUGUCCAGUGAGAAUGUUUUUCAUACACCACUGCACAAGCGAGAGGAAGCUGUGAAAGCGAAACAGAAGUUUGUAUCGACACUCGGCGAUCAUAUAACUCUUUUGAAUGUAUUCAAAAUGUUUUGCAAAGCUCCUCUUAAAAAACAAUGGUGUAAAGAAAAUUACUUAAAUCAUAAGAAUUUGUCGUACGCUUGUGAUAUUCGCCAUCAAUUGUUAGCAAUUUGUCAAAAGUUGAAUAUGGAAGUUUCGAGUUGCGGAACAGCUUUUGAUCAGUUAUUAAAAUGCCUUCUAAGCGGUUUAUUCACAAACUGCGCAUGGACUCGUGGGGGUAUGACAACAGGGGCGGGAAAGUAUGCGACGGCGUCAGGCGCAGCGGCGGCCUUACAUCCCGCUUCUUCACUACACGGUUUGAGGCCGCCGCCGCCUGCAGUACUUUAUACCGAACUAUUACACACGCGUAGAGCCUACCUCCUUACUGUAUCGGCUAUAGAACCUCAUUGGUUGCAUCAAGUCGCACCGGAGUACGCAAGACGCUGUCGCGCUAACCGGUGA